CAUAAUUUUUUUAAAAAAAAAAUCUCAUCAAGUUAUAUUGAGUUAAUCGACUAGAAAAAUGGGAGAGGAAAACAAGGCAACAAAAUGGGAAGGUAAAGCCAUUGUUGAGGUAAGAGGCACCAAUGAGGAAAUAGUAUGGAGUGUGUUAGAAGAUUUCUGUAACCUACACAAAUGGCUACCAAUUGACACUUGUUAUAAAUUUGAAGGAGUUGAUGGCCAACCUGGUGUUGUUCGUUACUGUGCUUCAACCAAAAAAGGAACUGUUAAGUGGUUCAAAGAGAAGCUGUUGACAAUAGAUCAUGUACAACGUUGUUUGUCAUAUGAAAUUGUUGGUAACAACAUGGGAUUUAAGAAUUAUGUGGCUAUAAUGAAAGUGUUGCCGCUGAAAAUCAGUGAUGAUGAAGGUGUAGGGUGUAUGAUUGAAUGGGAGUGUGUUUGUGAUCCAGUGGAAGGGUGGAGUUUGCAAGAUUUGCAUUCUUACAUUGGAAACUUUCUCAAUUUUAUGGCAAACAAGAUUGAACUUUCAUACUCUCCACUCUUCAAAUAAAUUGUUUUUGUGAGUGCACUAUUUGUAUAUCUAUAUGGAUUUCUGUAUUU